AUGGCGCUCUGGCCGCCGGUGCAAUUUCGCGAUCUCCUGAACGGCGUGGAAUCACCCGCCGGCGCCGCGGCGCCGACGUCUUCGCUUCCACCGAACGCGCCGCCUCCCCCGCCGGUGGACCUUCUCUUCGUGCUCCAGGCUCGACGCGCGCGUCUGGAGCCGAACGACGACGGCGGCAUCGUCGGCGGGACGCUGCUUCUGACGGACAUCCAGGAGACGAUCGUCUCGUUCGCGGAUCGACCGUAUCGAACCUUCGACGCGAUACCGGUGACGGAGUUUUUCGAGUAUCAGACCGUCGUGGACUUCUUCGGAGGCAGGAACCCGCCGAACGCGAUUCUCAGCGGCGAGUUACCAUCCGACGUCGCCGCUCAAGCGAACGACGCUGGUGCGUCGUCGACGGUACCGUAUCGACGUUUACUCGGUACCGUACUAGGAAAGGUAUCAUUUGACCCAAAGAAACCUCGCGAGGUGAGGUUCGACCUUCCCGCGGGGGCGGACGUAUUCGCGGCGAACGGAGAAGUCCGCAUUUUGAACGAAACCGUUUUUGAAGAAGCCAAAGGUUUCGACAUCACCCCAGAGGAGGGAGACGAUGUCGUCUUCCCAACGUUGGAACACGUCUCGUUGUUCAUAGAUCCGCUUCAAAUCGAUCGAUCGCACGAGAUGGAAACGCACGACGAGGAAGAAACACACGAACAGCGCGGCUGGGGCGGGAACCGCAAGCUUCUUCAACGCCGCGGCGGCGGGUUUCGCGGCGGACGCGGCGGACGCGCGGGCGCCGUUCGCGUCGGAGGAGGCGGUUUCGCCCGAGCCUCCACCGGUCGACGCGGGUUCAACAGAGGCGUCACGAACAACUUCAUUCGGGGCGGGAACACGUUCGUCGGUGGACGGGGGGGUCGCGGUCUCGUCGGCGGCGCCGGCUUUUAUCCUGGGGUCGGCGGCUUCGGAGUCGGCGGGCUGGGUUACGAUCCGUACGGAUACGGAUACGAUCCUCUGUGGAACAACAGAGCGCUCGCGUACGCGGCACCGGUGCCGAUCCAAGUCAACACGCCCGUCCCCGUCCCCGUCCCCGUCCCCGUUCCAGAAGCCCCCGCGCCGCCCGUGAAGCCGACGCUCGACCAGGUCGUGUCCGCUCUCCGAGGGACGUGGCGCGGAGACGGCGGCGGCGCCGGGAUGGGCGCGAUCGUCCUCAACGCCGACGACGGCGUCACGUUGACCGCUUCUCCGAGAGGAUGCGAAGGAUGCACGAAUCCCAGCUGCCGUUGGGAGACCGCGACGGGACCGAUAACGAUCGCGGAGGACGGAGUCGUGUCCGUUUCCGCCGCGUUCACCGCGUGCGGUGGCGCCAGGGAUUUCAACGCGCGAGGCACGCUCGAGACGGCGACGAACGGAAGGAACGUUCUGUACUGGUCGCCCUCGACUCACUCCACGCAGUGGAUUCGCAACUGA